AUGAGAAAAUUGUCAAACACUUUGAAAAAAAGUGGACGGAAGAAGAGUAUUAAGCCACCAAAGAAGAUAGAGAAUGAGAAAGUGGCAGAGAACAAGGAUGAUACUUGUAAGGUGAAAGUGGAGUCAGUCGGAAUAAUAAUGGAACAGGUUAGAAAAUUAGUAGGAGAUGGAAAGAAGGAUCGGGACUUAUUGGAGAAAAUGGAGAGUAUUUUGGAGAAGAGAACAGAGAAAACAGAUAAAACUGUGAGUCCAAAGAAGGUGGAUAAGAUGAAUGAGAAAUAUUUGGAUUUGUGUUUUACAAGGAGGGAUACAUUGGAGAAAUACAGAAAUUAUUACAUGGAAAAUGUUGUACAGAAGAUAAAGGAAAAUGUGUUAUACAAACAUGUGGGGGCAGAAAGAGGCUACGAUGGAUACAAAAUGAACUAUAGCGGCAGGGAACACGGUGGAUUGGCCGACAAAAUGGAACAAAUGCCAAAAAUGCUGAGUAGUCUUAAGAAGGUGGAAGGGAUGCUGAAAGAGGAGAAAGUGAGCGUAGAAGUGGAUGAAAUGAGGAGAAUACGCUCGUACUUCAGAGGACUGUGA